AUAGUACAGUCCGCCGUGCAGUUAUGAGCACCGUGCUACCUUUUCCUGUGCGUGCGUGCGUGCGUGUGACAACGAGCGCGGAUCCGCUCGCGACGUAACACGCUCAGGAGCCGUCAACGUGUUUACCUGAACGGUGAGAAGACAACGGAGCGAGCCAAUGUCCUCUUUUACCGUUCAUCACACUCCUCGCGUGUCCAGAGCAGUGAUUGCACAGACGCUGGAAGGGAAUCGGUGUGUGAAACGCGAUCUGCCCGACAGAAGCGCGAGAGAGGCGGUCAGCACACUCCACGGCAAAUGGCAACUUGUGCAGUGAGGAGUUUUAGCAGUGUGCCGGAGGCGACCUCAGAUUCAGAUGAUGAAGACAAACUGCACAUUGUAGAGGAGGACAGUAUUGCUGACGAUCCUGACCAAAAGUCCUCAGUAUUCCAGCUCAAAGCAGCACGGCAGCUCUCUGACACAUGCAUACAGGACGAUGGCAGCCUGGGGCCAGAUGCUUUAGUACAAGAAAUAAGGGUCAAAGAGGAGUGUGUCACUGAUGAGGAAGACGGUCCUGAUAAUGAUGUGGCCGGUGAGGAAAAGCAGACGGAAACGGAGCGUAAUUACUCAGAUGCCCAGGAGGAGCAUCAGAGAACGCCAGAGCGAGGGGUCCACGAUGAGAACGGUACUCCUGAUGCAUUCUCCCAACUGCACACCUGUCCUCACUGUUCCCGUGGUUACAAGCGUCACACGUCACUGAAGGAGCACAUUAAACUACGGCAUGAAAAGAGCGAGGACAACUACUGCUGCUCCCUCUGUAGCUACACCUUCACCUACCGCACGCAGCUCGUCCGUCACAUGACCGCACACAGACACGUUCGAGAGCAGCGGACUAUUUCUCAGUCAGGCGGAAACAGAAAGUUUAAGUGUACAGAAUGCUCCAAGGCCUUCAAAUACAAACAUCACCUGAAGGAGCACCUGCGCAUCCACAGCGGUGAGAAGCCGUAUGAAUGCUCUAAUUGUCGGAAGCGUUUCUCUCACUCGGGGUCCUACAGCUCUCACAUCAGCAGUAAGAAGUGUGCGAGCGUGAACAAAGCGGUCAACGGCCUGCCUCGCACACCUGGAGUGACAACGACUCUAACCAUUUCUCGCCCAACACGCAUCCUUCUGAGGGAGAAGGUGGAAAUUACUAACAAGCCUCUGCAAGAGCAGCUCCCCCUGAAACAGAUCAAACAGGAGCCUGUUGAACACCAACCCAAAUCUGCACCAGCCACACCUACAAUAGCCGCCGCAAAUACCAACGGAGUCGUGGCUCCGCAAGGUGUCGUCCAAACCUUGGUCCUGCCCACAGUUGGGCUGGUCCAGCCAAUCAGCAUCAACCUUAGUGACUUACAGAAUGCGUUGAACGCUGCGAUGGAUGGCAGGCAGCUGUUGACUAGUGGUAAUGCAAACGGAACCAAUGCUAAAAUCGUAGGCCAAGUGCCGGCGCAGACGCAGGCACAAGCUGUCGUGUUGCAGCCACAGCAGGCACAGCCCCAAGUGAUCUCCGCCAUCUCUCUACCAGUUGUGGGACAAGACGGAAAUACCAAAAUUAUCAUCAACUACAACCCCCAGCUAGACUCACAACUCAAGGGGGUAAAAGUGAACACAGUGCAGCCCACCGUGACGCAAACCGGUACGGCGCAAGCAAAAUCUACAGCUUCUAACAUUACACAGCCAAACGUGGUCCAGGUUAAUUCGGUACAGUCCAACUCGACUGAAACCCAAACAUUAGGUACACCUAAACCUACACAGGUAAAUAUCAUUAAACCAGUCCAAAGCAAACCGCCGUCUAUCAUCAAGAUAACCCCUGCACAGGCCGCCAGGUUGGUCCAAGCUCGGGCGGCACAACCUAAGCUCACCCAGCAAACUUUACUACUAGUAAGAAGGGCAGAUGGGUCGCAGAGCCUCGUGGUUCGACAAAUACCUGUCACCAAUCCCAACACGCAGGGCACCGAGAUGAAAUCAACCCCAGACAAGACUACAAACAUACCACCAGCAGACAGAAAAGGGACAACUGAAAAUACCAGUUCGCUGGAGGAUAAUUGUGAACAACAAAAACUGACUGCACCACCAGAAAUCAAAAUCAAAACCGAACCAGACUCUCCAUCCAAGGUCGAGACCGACAUGCAGAAUGAAGGAGAGAAAGAAGAGAUGAAGACAGAUGGAAAUAAAGAGGAAGGGAAACAAACAACAGCAACAACUGAUGCAGUCUCUCACUCUGGAACAGUUCACAGUGGCGUCGCCUGUGGAGAUAACUUCCAUAACUAUGUGUCAUGUCUGCUUUGUGAUAACUCCCCGAAUAAACGGAAGCUCGCAGACUCUCAAGACAGUGACGCCAAAGCGUCUCCUACAACUAUCUCUCUCACCUCUCUACUAGAUAAGGAUAAGAGUGGAGCAGCAGAACGCCUCCUUCCUCUUUUGAAGGCCUACAGUCAGAACCCAGAGCCUACUGACGAGCAGCUGUCACAGGUUGCCAAGACAGUCAAGCUUCCUCUAGAGGCGGUCAGCAAGUGGUACCAGAAGAUGCGCUCUAAAAGGAUAUUGCUACAGGCUGCAAGCAACCCGAAAAACAACCAAGAGAAAAAUACAUCUGCUGUGUCUCAAGAAACGAACUCAACUCAAGCCACCUGCACUCCCAACCAACCCCUUGAUGACACCUCAGCGGACACCCAAACUGAAAGUGCGGCUUCACCCGCCUCUCCUCCAGCCAGUCUCUCCACCGAUGAUCUCGUCAUUGUAAAGACAGAAGACGUAGAGGAGGAGUUGCAGUCUGAACCGCUGGACCUCUCACUCCCUAAGUCCAGUCCCACUCAACCCAGCACCACCACUAAGCUGUCGGUCUCCACCCAAAAGGAACCGCUCAACCUCACCUGCCUCAAGAAGCAACCGUUGCCAGGAAACACCAUCUAUGUGACGCAGGGCGGCACGGGUCCAUUAAACAUCGUGUCAGCGUCAUUGCCAACGCUGGUUGCCAUAGCAGAGCCAGGUGGUGUUCCGUGCAUCGGCACUGCAAUAACCGGUAACAAACGAACCAUCCUUAUUCCUCAGCUCACCUACACCUACACCACUAGCUCCAGCAUCAAGACGCCUGACAGUGUCUCGACAGACACAAAGGGGACGGUGAUACUCAACAAAUGUCCGAAGGUACCGGACAUCACUUCUGACUCCGUGUCAGGGGUAGAGGACCAGAACGAUGAAGAUUCACCUCUCAUGAAGAAAAGGAGGAAGACUGUUGGUGGCCUGUAUGCUUGUGAUCUGUGUGACAAAAUCUUUCAGAAGAGCAGCUCACUGCUGCGACACAAGUAUGAACACACAGGUAAGCGACCACAUGAGUGCGCGAUCUGUAAUAAGGCUUUCAAACACAAGCACCACCUGAUCGAGCACACGCGGCUACACUCCGGAGAGAAGCCCUACCAGUGUGACAAGUGUGGGAAACGCUUCUCUCACUCGGGCUCUUAUUCUCAGCACAUGAACCACCGAUACUCUUACUGCAAGAGAGACACUCAUGAACUGCCAGAACAGAUCAGCACCUCCACUCCUCCCUCUCACCUCGACUCAGACGAGAGAGAGAGCGACGCAGAGGACGAGGAGGAGGAGGAAGAGGAUUUGUCCGCUCUGGACAUGAGCGAUAUCAGAGUGGUGCGAGUAGGAGAGGAAUACGAGGAUGAUGAGGACAGCGGGGGAGAGGAAGAGCAGGACCGAGUACAUGAGGAGCAAGAGACUGAGGAAGGAGGAAUGGUUAUGGAGGUGGAGCUUGGAGAGACAGACGCUCUGGAGGAGGAAGUCGGGGAAACUGUGGAAACUGAGGAUGCUAUGGAGGUGGAGGAAUCGAGGGAGGUGUCAGGCAGAGCAGAGGACACAGUUCUCACUCAUAAUGAAGAAAACACAGAGAUGGCACCCGAGAACUGAAGAAUGAACGCUCCUUUUUUCUUUCACUCAAGUGGGACUAAUGAAAGAGGUGAUGAGCUCUUCAUCAAACUAAUCGUCGGUUGCUAUGGAAACUGUCUCAGCUCUUUACUGUGUAUAAAAACCCAGGUGUGCCUGAUUUACAAAACAUUAUUUCCUUGUUUUUUUAAAAAAAAAAGUAUUUGAGUAUAACAAGGAAAAAAGGAGAAACAAAAACUCCAACUCAACUAGACUUCACAGGACUUAAAAGUUUCAGUUGUUUCGCUUUGUUCCGUUACUGAUCCGCCCCGGUAUGUCGAAUUUUCAGUAUUCAUGUGUUUUUGUUGCUCUGUACAGCCAGAUUUCUAUACCUUUAUAUUUGCCAAUGAAGUUUACGAAAAUCAGUAUUUUAAAGUUUUGAAAAACAAAACUAAAUUCUGCACUGCAGGUAUAACUGGUUUACUAACUGGGGUCAUUCUCACAAAAACUGUCAAGGAGGGUCAUAUUUCACUCCAAUAAUCAAAAGAAAGAAUGAAGAAAUUAUAUUUUGCUUGAAAAAAAUUAAGCCAAUUUUUAGGACCAUCACAGGCAUUAUUUUAUUAAUAAUUUAACACACUCCCUUCAAUUGUCUAUAUCAUUUUGUAAGUAUACACUGAUUUUAAUUUAUGCCAUAAAUUUUAAUUCAUGAUGAUUUUAAUAAACAAAAAAGACAGGAUGGUUUUCAUUACUAUAUUACAGUAAUGAGAGAACUUGGGCAAAAAAUGCUUAAUUGUCAUGAUUAUCUGAUGCUCGGUCUUUAAAUAAUACUUUAUUUUCUUCAUGCAAAAUAUAUAUUUAUUUCACCUCUUGACUUUUUUUUUUUUUGGUGUGAAAUAUGACCUGGGUAUUUCUUUGUGAGACUUACAAGAUACUUAAUGCCUCAAUUUUAAAAUACCAUUCAGUAUUUUUGUCUUGUUAAACAGGCAAUCUGUUGGUUAACAUUGCCUCAUUUUCCCAUCUGAUUGUUUGUCUGCCUUAUGAAGGAAAUUAGAUUGCACUUCAUUAUUAAGAAUUAAUGAUUCAAUAUCAUAUGAAUCAUUAAUUAUGGAAAUAUUCAUAGGAAUGCUUAUUGUCAUUUAACAGUUGAAUAUAAUUUAAACUGUUCACUUGUAAUGAACUACUCGACUAAUCAAUAAUUCAAAUUAUAUUGUAAUUCUAUUGAGAGAAAAUGUUUUGUAUUAAGCACUCCAAAAUAUUUGUCGGUAACUGUUAAAAAAAAAAUGUAAAGAUACUUUUCACAAUCAUGACAGCAUAUGAAAACAAAAAAAAACGUCAGUCAGGAAAACGUCAUUGUCAUUUCAACCUCAAAGGCAGUUUCACCUGUUCAUUUAUCUUUGUGUGGCUUUACGUUGUAACGUGUCAGUCUGUGUUCAUAGGACAUGCUCUAAGGAACUGCACACCCACAGCCUUAUGCAAGACCGCCAAGCUGUAAGUGCCAUUCACAAAUGUUAACAUAGUGCUCCACAGUCACACUGGACAAUCUAGACUUUAGUCUGCUGGCCAAGAAUUUAAAGGCAAAUAAUGUGUGUCAACAUUGGUCAAAAACCCAACCCAACAGAUUUGACAAAUUUACAAAAAGAUUAAAGUUUGUAACACUGCCCUCUACCUGUGAUAAUUAAAAUGGCGACUUUACAACUUUUCACUUUGCGCUCCUAAAGGUUUUUAGUAUUUAGAAAAGUUGUUUUCUCUCUCCUAGCCCACUUUGGUGAAGUAUUGCCAAUUUAAUUUUGGUAUUAAAACAAAAAAAAAAAAACAAAAAAAAAAAAUGAUACAAUAUAUUUAGACCUACCAAACUAAACCAAGUCAAAUUUUUAACACAGUGCUUAUAAAUUAGGCAAGUAUGGGCAUAUUUCAGACACUUUCAUUCAGAAAUCCUAAAUUGUCCGCUUUAGACAACUUUAUUCUUCUUUUAUUAUUCAGUUUGAAAUCAUAAUAGCUUAAAACAAGUAAUACACACAAGCCAAUUAGUAGUAAACUAAAGAAUAAUUUGAUGAAUGAUGAUUAAAGAAAUGUACUUGAAAUGUAUGAACCAUAGGGUUGUAUGGAUAAGGAAGCCCAUAUUCAUCAUCAACGUGUUCUCUCUGUUAUUAAGAUUUCCAAGGUGCAUGGCUCUAUAGAUUAAACAAAAUCUAUCAUUGCAAAGUCAUACAACAGGAAAAUAUGGACCGCAUGUAAUAUGACUGUGAAGUGCACAAUGAAAGCAGCACUUUGGAAGAGGCGCAUAGGAUUAAUGUUUUAGUUGAUUGUGUCUGAGCAGACCUUACAGUAUUAUUCAUUUCAAUGUAUUUCAAAAUGUUUAUUCUUUGUGUUUAUGCAUGUGUAUAUUGUGUAAUACCAUCAGUAUUAUUGUCAUUGACAAAUGUUUCAUUUGUAGAACCUUUUUAUAUACGUCUUAUUUUUGUAUUGCUUUAUUUAUUGCGUGUGUAUUACACAAUGUUGUAGUUUAACACAAUGUAUUUUAGAUUGAAUUUCAGUGCCACGAAGGAGGAUAAACCCUGAUAUACAGUAUAUAAAUCCAACCUCACAGUAUUAGUUUUAUAACUUCAAGUUAUUUUGUAAUACUACCACAGAAAGUCAAACAGGCAGACAUUUGCACCCAUUGUUUUGUUUUUGUUUUGUUUUUUUCUUAAACCCUACAGCUUCACAUUAAUUAAUAGUAAAUGACCCUUAAACCUGUGAUAAAGAGCAUGGAUUCAUGUUGUUGUACUGGUGUUGAAAUUACCAUUUUGGAACCAAAAUAAGUCAACCCAUUUCAUCUACAUUUGUUUUCAUUUGUGCCAACCUUGCAUUGUGUGUGUAAAUGUCACAUUUUUCACGAGGUGAUGAUGAACCUACUUGUAAGAUUUUUCUUCCUUUGUUUCCUUUUAUGAUGCCCCAUAAAAUAAAAUGAAGUGAAGCACCA